AAAUGGAAAUCGAGAAGCAAACUUGUUCCAACGGCGGAAACGAUCAUUCCCCCUUCCGCUAUUGUUUCUAGGGUUUCUUAAUGCUGUAUCAAUGGAACCAGCAACAGCCAACGAUCCGAUGAUCGACGAUGAAUCUACGCCGCUGACUAUCCUCGAUGCGAGCAGCUAUCAGCUUCAUGAUCUCGAUUCAAUUGACCUCCCACCGACCCUCAUCGAGAUUGAUUUGACGGCCAAUCGAUUAACUAAGUUGGAUUCUCGUAUCUCUCAUUUAUCAAAUCUCAAAAAGCUUUCUCUUCGACAGAACCUCUUCAAUGAUGCCGGUGUUGAGCCUAUUUCGCAGUGGGACACCAUAUCCGGCCUCGAGGAGUUGGUUCUCAGAGACAACCAGCUGAAGAAGAUUCCAGAUGUUAGCAUAUUUAAAACCCUCCUUGUAUUUGAUGUUUCUUUCAAUGAAAUUUCAGCAAUGACUGGACUGUCCAAGGUGUCCAGCACACUCAAGGAACUCUAUGUCUCUAAAAAUGAAGUCACCAAGAUUGAGGAGAUUGAGCACUUUCAUGAACUUCUAAUUCUUGAACUUGGCUCCAACAGGUUACGGGUGAUCGAGAAUCUGCAAAACUUGACAAACUUACAGGAGCUAUGGCUAGGUCGCAAUCGUAUAAAAGCCAUCAACUUAUGUGGAUUAAAAUGCAUUAAAAAGCUCAGUUUGCAAAGCAAUCGACUAACUUCUAUGAAAGGAUUAGAGGAAUGUACCGCGUUAGAAGAACUAUACUUGAGCCAUAAUGGUAUUGUGAAAAUGGAAGGCCUGUCAACUUUAGCAAAUCUACGGGUCUUGGAUGUUUCUUCAAAUAAACUUGCUGCAAUUGAGGAUAUUGAAAAGCUCACCUGCUUAGAAGAUCUAUGGUUCAAUGACAACCAGCUUGCAUCAUUAGAUGGCAUCGCUGAGGCAGUUUCUGGUUCGAGAGAGAAGCUAACCACCAUUUACCUUGAGCACAAUCCGUGUGCAAAGUCGACGGAGUAUUUGACUAGUCUACGACAAAUCUUCCCAAAUAUUGAGCAAAUCGAUUCGGAAGUGUUUGCUUAGAUUAGAAGGCAAGUUUUGGUUGGUUUCUUCCCAGUUGAGACACAAUUUGUGGAUGAUGCUGGAAGUCUUCAUUUAAAAUUGGUCAUAUCUUGCAAGUUUAUGUAUUUUUGCUGAUACAAAAUUUGUUUGUAUGGAUUUGAUACAAAUUUGGUUGUAUAAUUUCCUGUGAAAUUAUUCAUAGAAGUACAUUGAUGUCACCCUUUUAUAAACC